AUGAAACUAAAGAAUAAUUUAGUUUUUGAUUAUUUGAUAGAAAAUGAAUUAUAUAAAUCAAAUAAUAUACAUCUUUAUAACGGAAAUUAUUAUAAACCUUUAAAUGUGAAAUUAGAAAAAGAAAAUUUAUAUCAGAAUACAUAUUUAAAUGACGCAGAGAAUUAUAUUUAUAACAAUGGUGAUAUUAACAACAAUAAUGGUAUUAUUCGAAUUAUUAAUGAGCAUAACAAUUAUGAUAAUAUAAAAAAUAAUAGUUAUUUUCUUAUUAGUAAUGGAAACACAUUCAAUGAUCAUAAUAAUAAUAUUAAUAGAUAUAAUGAAAAUAGUAUUAUUUAUAACAAUGAUAAUAAUGAUAUUAAUAAAAAAAAUAGUUAUGAUAAUAAUAUUGAUAAAAAUAAUAGAAAUUAUGAUAAAAAUAACAAUAAUAGCAUUGACAACAUUUGUAGUGAUAAUUAUGAAAGUACCAAUAAUAAUAACAUAAGCAGGGAUGGCCAUUUUAGGAAUAUUAAUAAUGAUAAUAAUAAUAACAAUAUCAAUAGUGAGAAUAAUAACAAUAAUAAUAAUAUUGGUAAUGAAAAUAAUAAUAGUGAUAAUAGUAACAAUAUCAAUAGUGAGAAUAAUAAUAAUAAUAUUGGUAAUGAGAAUAAUAAUAAUGAUAAUAAUAACAAUAUCAAUAGUGAGAAUAAUAAUAACAACAUUGGUAAUGAGAAUAAUAAUAAUGAUAAUAAUAACAAUAUCAAUAGUGAAAAUAAUAAUAAUAACAUUGGUAAUGAGAAUAAUAAUAAUAAUAAUAAUAUCAAUAGUGAAAAUAAUAAUAAUAAUAUUGGUAAUGAGAAUAAUAAUAAUGAUAAUAAUAACAAUAUCAAUAGUGAAAAUAAUAAUAACGAUAUUGAUAAAAAUAAAAUGAACUAUAAGAACUUAAAAAAAUCAUAUACAAUAAAUUACAUUAAAAAUGAAAAUAGAAUAGAACCUUCUUACAAAUAUAAUAAUUCCUAUGUUAAGACAAAAAGCAAGAACGAAUCUAAGAUUCCACAUACAAAAAUAUUACAAAAUCAUAAACUAAAAGGAAGUGAUAAUGAUAUAAAAAAUUUGAAGAGUGAAAAAAUUUUUACAAAAAAAAAUUUUAAUAAAAUUGACAAGAUUAUAGCAUACAGCAGUUUGAAGAAAAGUAACUAUUUGUGUCCAAAAAAUAAUAUCCAGCAAAUGGAAAAAAUAAAAUUGCAAAAAAAACCUAAGGUUGAAGAAGAAAGAGAAAAAAAAGAAAUUAUGAUUGGGGAAUUAGAAAAAAAAUUUAAAGUUAUAUCAUUAUUAAAGACUAAAAAUGUAAUGAAAUUUUAUGAAGAUGAUAAAAUAAAAGAUGAAUGCAUAAAAAAAAUUGUUACAAAAAAAAAUAAUGAUUAUUUCAAAGGAUUUAAUCAAAAAUUAUCAUCCUUAAAAAAAAAUGAUAAUACAAAAAAAUUAGAAAACGAAUUGAAUCAAAAAAAAACUGUAUUAGAUACAAUCUCUUUAAAAUGUUCUUCAAUAAUUCCCAAAAAAAUGAUAGAUAAAAAAAAUAUAAAGGAAAUGAAAAUAGAAGAUGACCAUAACAAAAUAAAUCAAAAAAUUCAAAUUUACUGUAAAGCAGAGAUUAACAACGAUGGAAAAAUAAUUUCAAAAUAUAUGGAUGAUACAGAAGAAUGUAAUGAAGAGACAUGUAUUAGAGACACCAGUGUUCUAAGUUCCAGUUAUUCUUCUAAAAGAAAAACUACUAUUACCUAUAAUGAAAAUGAUUUAUUCGAGAAUAAACCAGAGUAUAAAGAAAAUGUAUCCUUUGUUAAAAUGAAUGAGCUUUUUAAAGAUUCCAAUAGACUUCCUAAAUUAAUUUUAAGUAAUGAACAAAAUGUUUAUGAGGAAAAAAAAGAAUUGUUACAUAAAAAUGAAUGCAAAAUUUUUAAGUUUAAUUGUAUUAAUUCAAUAGAUGGAAAAAAACUUGAAUGCAAAUUUCUGGACAAUAAUUUACUUCAAGAUAAAACUAUAUAUAAUACACACCAGGAAGCAAAAACUAUUACAAUGAAUAAAUGUGAAAAUGUAAAAAAUACAAAUCAUAUUAUAGAUAAAACUGAAAAAAUAGAUAAAUACUCAAUUCAUAUUUCGAAUUUAUUUUCUCACUCAAAAGAUGAAUUUACAGAAUAUAUGCUGAAGAAUGUAGAUUGUGAUAUAAGUCACAAUGAAAAUGAACAUAUAAUACCAGAAAAUAAAAAAACACAUUUUGAAAAAUCAAGAAAAGUAAAUUUAGAUAAAAUAUUAGAAAGAAAUAUAUUAACAAAUGUAAGAUUCCCAAAAGAAAAUUUAAAAUAUCAAGAAAUGUAUUGUCCUGUUACAUCCACAAUAAAUACUCCAAAACAUAUGAAGAAAAAUAAUCAGUAUAUUAAAAAUAUGAAUAUUAGGAACCCCAAUAAAAUAGGAUACAAGGAUUAUACAAAUUAUAAUAGAAGAAAAACUGUUUGCUGUUCUAUGAAAAUGGAUACACAUAAUUGUUUUGGAAACCUUAAAUUAAGAGAUAAAUUUCCAGAAAAAAGAAAUUUGAAUACCACAAAUGAUAAAUCAAAAAAUGAUAUUUUUUUAAAAUUACAUUUGAGUUUAAAAGACAAAAUUGAUAGAACAAACUUUGAUAAUUCUACAAAAAGAGAAUCAAGCAAUUCAUUUUAUAAUUCCACAAGAAUGACUCAAAAACCAUUUGGAAGAUUAAUGUCAGGAAAAAUUGAAAAUUUUAAUUUACAUUUACCUAAUACUACAAGUAAGUCUAGAAAGAUACACACGCCUUCUACAAUCCUAGAUGAACAAAUAAAUUAUGACAGAAAAAGAAUGACUAUUGCAAAUAACAAUGAACUUUUAGAAAAAUGUAAAUGUUUCGAUAGAACAGCAUUUAACAAAAAUAGUAAUAUUUUAUUAAAUACAUCGGAUAAUUUUAAAAUUUACCCUAAAUGCAGUCUUAUUUGUAGAAUUCCACAUAAAAAUUUCAGGAAUAGUUUUUACAUGACAAAUAAUCAGGCUAAAACAUUAAACGAAAAUAAAAUUACGAAUAAUAAAAGCUUAAUUCCUAUAAAAAAAAAUUUUAUUUAUUAUAAUAGUAAGCAUGAAAGAAAUUCAAUUCAAGCAAAAAGUAAAGUGAGUGCUCUGAAUCGAAAAAAUAUGUAG